UUUUCGACUUUUUCUUCGGUAGUUUACCAAAUCUGUAUAUUAGCUCGUUUGUGUUGCAUUCCUCAACCAUCAUAGUUCAAUACACGACAUUAUUUCGUUUGCUCGAUAAAUUAAUGGAUGUGGUUGCAAGCGAUAUUGCUAAUCGAAUAUCGCAAAUAGAAAAGGGACGGCAAUAUUUUAUGGAUACAUUUACCAUUGAAGCCAUAAAUAAUAUUUCAACGUUAAUUGAAACACAUAAUGCAUUGAGAGAAAACAUAAUACAGCUACGUAAAUACUAUACGAUUCAAUUGAAUGCAGUCAUUUUGAAUGCAUUCUUUAAUAUCAUCUUUGAGUUUUUCUUGGUUUAUGAGCAAGUGUCAAGUGCCCCAAUUUAUGUCAUAAUAGCAACGCUCUCGCAAGGUUUGCUUCACCUAACGGAAAUUUAUUUGCUAUUUAGCCGAACCAAUGCACUUAAAAAGCAGAUAAUUGGAGCUGUAAAUACUUUACAUCGAAAAUUCAAUGGCAUCCUCCCAAUGGAUCUUAGGCGCUGCAUGGAAAUGUUUUCAAUAACCAAUUUACAUCAUCAAUUUAUAUCAGAAUCGAGAGAACUCUAUAAAUUAGAUAACGGUGCAUUGUAUGCGGUGAUACUUUCGGUUUUGACCUAUCUUGUGUUUCUGGUUCAAAUCAAGUUGGAUGAAUGAUUUGCAUAAUUAAUACUAAUUGACACUUUUCACUCAACUAUGAUUUCGU